AUGAAAAAAGAUACCGUGGAAGUGGCAGGGUAUACAACCUUGCCACUGGAGCUUCCCUCAACCCCCUCCUUCCCAACGCCCGCCACACACUACCUGUACCUCCGCCCACACGAACCUCGCAUCCCGGACCCCGACUCCCCUCGCUCGCUUUUCAUUGUCAACAUUCCGAUUGACACAACCGACACCCAUCUUCGCCACCUCUUCGGCACUCAGCUAGCUGCCGGUCGCGUUGAGCGCGUCAGCUUCGAAGAUGUCCCCAUGAAAAAGCGCGCCGCCGCAACAGCCACCACCGAAGCCAACCUCUCGCACCGCUCUAAAAAGCGCAAGCGCGUCAACGCCGACGACCUCCAGGCCCACCUGGACGAUAUUAGUGUCCCAUCAACCUGGGACCGCAAGCUGCAGAAAAGCGGCGCUCACGCCAUCGUCGUCUUCGCCGACAAGCCCAGCAUGGACGCCAGCCUGAAGGCCGCCGCCAAGGCCGCCCGCAAGGGCACUGCGCUGGUCUGGGGCGCCGGCAUACAGGCCUCGCGCACACCCGCGCUCGGGCUGCAGCGCUAUCUGACGCAUGAGCAGCGGCGGUAUCCCGAGCGGGCGGCGCUGCUGCGCUCCGUGAACGACUUCAUGACCGUGUUCGAGCAGGUGGCUGAGGCACGGAAGCGCGAUGAGGCACGGAAGGCGGCGGAGCCGGAUGAGGAUGGCUUUGUUACUGUUACUAGUGGGCCGAAGCUGAAUUCUGUGGCGCGCGAGGACGAGCUGAAGGAGUUGGUCGAGCGGCAGAAGAAGAAGGCAGAUGGUCUGGAGGACUUUUACCGAUUCCAGAGCCGAGAGAAGAGGAAGGAACGGCAGAAUGAGCUGCUGCGGCGGUUUGAUGAGGAUAAGAAGAAGUUGCAGGAUAUUAAGUCGCGGAAGGGCAAGAUUCGGCCCGAAUAA